AUGGCGCGUGCCGCUGCCCUCGCGCUGCUCCUUGGUGCCACCGAAGGCGCGCUCAACCUCCGGGACCGGCGGCUCGACGAGGCGGACGUGGACCUCGGCUGCAUCUUCGACUGCGACUGGGUCCAGGGGGACGACGUCAACGUGUGCGUCUCCUUCGACAGCGAGGAGGACUGUUCGUCGGACUGCACCGAAGACGUCGUCGACUGGCUCACGGAGGCGUGCACCGCGGGCUACAAUUGCCUCGCGGACUGCGCCUGGCUCCAGUACUCCUACUCCUACGACUUGUGCGAGUACUACGACCCGGACGACGACUGCGUCCAGGACUGCGACGAGGAGACGACGGCGGAGCUCGCGAUCUGCACCGCCUACGCGUGCGCCGACGACUGCGACGAGGACUGCCAGAACUUCUUCGACGGCGAAUGCGGCACGACGUGCACGGAGGACGAGUACGCGCUGGUGCUGGAGAUGUGCAGCGGCGGCGGCGGGUCCUACUCGUAUUCCUACGACGACGUGCCGGCGUGCCUCGACGACUGCGACAACGACUGCGACGUCUUCCUCGCGGGCCGCUGCGGCCUAUCGUGCACGGAGGACGAGGCCAUGUGGGCGGAGGAUUCGUGCGCCGGCGGGUCCUACUCCUACUCCUACGCCGAGUACGACGGCGAGUGCUCGAAGUACUGCGCGAGCGACAGCUGCGAGAACGGCUGCCCCGUCGAGGACGACGACGACCGCGACGGCUACGGGUCGUGCCCGUCGACGUGCGACGAGGCGACGCCGGCCGUCGACGACGGCAUGGCCUACACGACGACGACCGUCGACGACGCCAUGGCGCGGUCCGUGGACGGCGGCUGCGUCGACUCGGCCCUCUGGCACAAGAUCGGCGCGCCGGCCAAGGACUGCGCGUGGGUCGCGAACUACGCCGCGCGCUGCGCCGUCAAGGGCGAGGAGGACGGCCACCUGGGCAAGAGCCUCGCGUCCUACGCGUGCCCGGCGGCCUGCGGCACGACGUGCGGUGACAGCAGCUCCUGGUACAAGCGCGGCGACCCGACGAAGACGUGCCAGUGGGUCGCCGCCUGGCCCGACGCGCGCUGCCUCGUCAAGGGCGAGGACAAGCCGCCCGCGCACGCUCCCACAGCGAUGGUGCGGCCCGAGGCCGUCGCGGCGCUCGGCGCCGAGGGCAUGGCCAAGGUCUGCGAGCUCUCCGAGGAGCAGAUGGCCGCCGCCGCCGAGGAGUGCGAGGCCGAGCGCGUCGCGGAGUUGGAGCGGCAAAAGUCCAUGGGCACGCUCAUGCUCGGCGUCGCCCUCGCGAGCUUCUACUUCAUGUGGCUCCAGGGCAUCGUGCCGCCGCACCUCGACUGGGCCGCGCAGCGCCUCGGGUUCGCGCGCUUCGCGCGCGUCGAGGACCUGUCCGCCGCGCUCGGCCUCGCGAAGGGCCGGCCCGCGGAGCUGUGA